CAAUUGCUCUUCUGUUUUCCAUAGAUUGACACCGGCCGCAGCCAAUCGUUCGCAGCUUCUGGUAUUUCCUGUAUAGUAGUUUUUAAUAUGGCGAAGACUUACGAUUAUUUGUUUAAACUGCUACUUAUCGGCGAUUCUGGGGUCGGAAAGACGUGUGUGUUAUUUAGGUUCUCGGAAGAUGCCUUUAACUCAACCUUUAUAUCCACUAUAGGUAUUGAUUUUAAAAUCCGAACGAUAGAAUUAGAUGGCAAAAGAAUUAAGCUACAGAUAUGGGAUACCGCGGGACAGGAAAGGUUUCGUACAAUCACCACUGCUUAUUACCGAGGGGCGAUGGGAAUCAUGUUGGUAUAUGAUAUCACCAAUGAAAAAUCCUUUGACAAUAUUAAAAACUGGAUCAGAAACAUUGAAGAGCAUGCAUCCUCUGAUGUUGAGAAGAUGGUCCUUGGGAACAAAUGCGAUGUGAAUGAAAAGCGACAAGUUUCCAAAGAGAAGGGUGAAAAGCUGGCCCUUGAAUAUGGAAUUAAGUUCAUGGAGACAAGUGCUAAGGCUAAUAUCAACGUGGAAAAUGCAUUUUUUACAUUGGCAAGGGACAUCAAAGCAAAAAUGGACAAGAGAAUGGAGGGGAACAGUCCUCAAGGCAGUAACCAAGGAGUCAAGAUCACCCAAGACCAGCAAAAGAAGAGCAGUUUUUUCCGAUGUGUCCUUCUGUGAGGGAUGCUGCCUUAUUGGAGUGCUUUGCUCCAUCAAACUGGACUGUGCCUGUAUCUUAACUCCUAUUGUCUUUGCAGACAUAAAACCUUAAACAAGCAGCUCUGCCGCGUUCCAGCUCCCAGAAUGAGAGUAACUGUUUCACCUAGUUAAUCUGGAACAUGUUCUUAGUAUGUACAUUUCUUUUCUUCUUUUUUUUUUUCUUCUCACUUUUGUUUGGAUGAAGGUAACCACCGGACUUUCAUUUUCCUUCAUUUUUAUUUUUAAGUAUAUAUUUUCCAAUAGAGUUCCAGUCAAGUUUCAAAUAUCAGAUUUUUGAUUUGAAACUUAUUGGUGACUAUUCCAAAGCCAUAUCUUACAAUUAUAGGUUUUUCAUUAACCUCAGAAUGUAUGAUCCUUUAUAGCUGGGUACAUACAUAUAAUAUAUAUAGAUAUAUAUAACAAAUAGAUACACAAAUACAAGUUUGUAGGGAUACACACACACUCAAGCAUACACCCAGCCUGUAUGCAUAUAUGUGCACCUUUAACUUACAUUCCAAAAUUAGUCUUCCAUAUCAAACCUAUUGGUAGACAACACAAUGAGUUAUUUUUCUUUAAUUUAAUGAGCAGUCUUGGGUUUCUAUUAUAUAUUUAAAUGCAAAAGGAAACUGUAAGCCAAUAUAAAAUUAUGCUGCCUCUAUUCGUGUCCAAUCACCACAGGCCUCGUUUUGAAGCAGAGCCUGUUGCCUCCACUAGACAUGAGCACCAACGGUGUUACAUUUCCACUCAGUAAUGUUUUUUUCUUCGUUAGGGACUUCAUAAUGGGCAGUUCAACAUACAGACUGUAUCAUUCUCCUGUUAGAAUACACUAGCUUUUACUGCAGGACAUCCCUGUAUGGCUGGUGGGUUUUUCCUUGACUGUGAAGUUCAUUUUGGACAACCAGGGAAUAUUGGUGGGGUUGCUGGUAUUUGUUACUUUAAAAAAAAACAAAAAAACCCAUUUUAAUUGAGUACAAACUUUCUCCACUAAAUUUAGGGGGUCGGGAGGAGGAAGGUUUCUGCAGUAAUACCUAGUAGAGCCAUAGGAAAUAUUAAUGGCAGAAUAUUGUGUUCAGAAUUAGAGAGAUUACUCCUUUCCAUCUGAAUUCCCAUUCUGCCAUUUUUGUAGCUGAGAUGUUUUCACAUUGUAUUUGUAAAUGUACUUUUGUAAAUGCUCUGCUUAAUCUUACUUCGUAGAUAUGACCAACCACUGAACAUAUUGUGCAAGUCUUAUGUAGAACGUCUCUUGUGAGACUUACUGACUGUGUAUGAGACUGUUGGCUGCUUAUUCAUUCGUUCAUCAGUACUGUGUCAUGUCGUAUUUCCCAUUCCUGGCUUAUUAUAAUUGUAGCUAUAAAGGGCAAUUAAGCAUUGAUUGUUUGCAUUUUUGAACUGUAUAGUCCAUACAUUUACCCUAGGUGACAUAGCAGCACUUUUGUGAAUUAGAUUCUUAAAGUGGUCUUUUAUUAUUAACAUGUUUGCCGAAUUCUGCUAGUGCAGGUUCCUAAAAGCGCCACACUUUGGCGAGUCAACUAGUGUUAAAACGUUAAAAAAAUGAAAUCAGUGGUCUAUUUGGUUUCAAUGGGUACCUGCACUAGUGUUAUUUAGCACUUAUUUUAGUAAACUUGACUUAUUGGGGCAAGUUUUACUUACUUAGGUAUAAAAAUUGCCUCAAUCCAUUUACCAUAGAAAAAGAUCUGAUUGCUGUUUGUCACUGCACUGUCACCUUUGUUAGUAAAUUAGUCCCAUUGUCUUAAAAUGUUUUAGGUUGGAUCACCAAAGAAUGGAAUUUGUGGCUUGCAGCUCAAGCAAGCUCAUCAUACAUGGACUUUGUGAUAUUGUAAAGGAAUUCACUUAUUACUUUAGCACUCCAACUAAAUCUGCAUACCGUCUUCUCCAAUUAGAAAUGCUCAAACUGGCAAUACAGCUCUUUGGCUCAGAUACUCUAGUCCAGGUUCCAGUUUUGUUUUCUUGUCCCACAAUGCCUUUGCUUAUUUAGAUUCCAUAUCUAGAAUUCUUAUUAAUGCUUGUGUGCCACUGGAUGUUUUGUUUUAUCCUAUAAAACCCUCUGGAUUUCUAUUACAUGGAUAUGUCCACACAAGGGGCUUCAAGCAAUAAUCACUCCUUUGUGCUCCUCUUGCAAUUAUUUUUGCACUGGUAUUUCAACAGUAGCACCAGUGGCAGAGAGAUGGAAUAAGUAGUGUCAAAUCUCUCCAUUGUCAGUGUUAUUCCAAACAUAUUCCUGACAUAUUCCAGUAGUUGAGAGGCUCAAUGUAAGCAUCACUAGUAAAGAAGGGAUGUGUUAUUGUUUUUUUUUGUUAGUUUUUUUCCCCCCCAGUCCAAUGGUACUUUCAGAUAAAUAUAUACAGGUAUGGUUGAGUAGACCACAUCUGCCCGAGCUGGCCCUAAUAAAAAAAGUCACAUGAGUCGACAUGUGCCACAUGACCCUGGAAAUGAUGCCACAUUUGAGGGUGGAUUGGCCAGGGAGCACAUAAAGCAAAGAGAGACAAUUUUGUCACUUGGGCUGAGGGUGGCAUAACACUUCUAAUUGGAGUAUUGUACUCCAGCUCAUUCCUAGGGCUGGGGGAUUAAAAACAAAAUAGUGCAUCUAUUCUUUAUUAGCUCUACUACUAACAUGAUCAUAUCUAUCAUAGGAAAAUGUCAGUCUGGCUUUUAACACAUUUCUGUUGUUGCAGACUGCAGAAACGAGUCCAAGUCUCAAACUUCUUAAACCAACAACCCCCUGAAAAUAUCACUGGAAAUAAGAGGCCCUGUUUUUCAGCAUUUCAGAACCAAAGGAUCUCUUUAACCCAUACGAAAAGAAAAAUGUGCCACUUUAAUGAAGGCUUAAUACUGACACUAUAGAAGCGGUUUGGUUUUUAAAGGGAAUCCAUCAUUAAAAAGUAAAUGUAUGUUUGAGCACUUAAUUGAUUCUGCUGCUUUAGUGACAGAAACCUCUUCUAUACAUAGGUGACAAAUACUCGUCAUCAUCUUUUUGCUCAGUAAUUUAUUCCAGAAGGCAUAUAAAUAGCUCAUCUCUGUGCUUAAUGCAUUGGGGCUAUGUUAUUUUUUAGUGAUGCAUUUUCUUUCUGCUUCAUAUUUCCACGUAGGCCUGUGUAUUUGGCUUCUGUACAGCUCGUCUCUUUCAUGUUUACAAAGAAUGAUUCUGUCAAUGACUAGAGGGGACAAUGUAAGACCAGCAGAAUCAAAUGACUUCAUUAUGGUUUGGAAACUGAUUAUGUUCCAUAUGAUAUAAACACAUCAAACAUGUCCUGCUGGAGAUCUGUAAUAACUUGCUUUGUUUACAAUGACAACUGCACUUCAGGAAAAAUACAAAUUAAAGCUUAUUUUAAAGUUA